ACGGAAAGUGAGAUAGAGAUGAAGAUUGAGAUUUUUCAUCCUCUGGUUCACUCCUCAAGUGCCUGCAGUAAAUAGCCAGGGCUAGACCAGCUGAAGCCAGGAGUCAGGAACUCCCAUCUGGGUCUCCCAGGUCAAGAGGCACCUGCCAUCUGAUGAUACUGAGCUGCUGUUUCCAGGACUACAAGCAUCAGAGGAGCAGCCAGAAGUAGUGACAGAAAGUGAAGUUACCUAAAUGAUUGUUAAAGUGUGUCCUGUGGUGGGGGCAUUGUGGCACAGUGGGUGAAGCUCAUCCCGUGUUGGAGUUCCUGUGGUCGAAUCCUCAUCUCUGCUUCUGAACCUGUUUCCUGCUAGCGAGCCCAGGAGGCGGCAGACCGACCAUGGUGUCCGGCUGGCAAGGGAAGUUGUGGGUGCCAAGAGAGAGGUAACCGUUUCCCGGCCCUCCGAGGGGAACUGGCUGCCUCUGGGAGCCCCGCUGCCUGGCAGUAGACAUGGCGGAACUUGCAGGUUACAAGGACGCCGCGUCCAGCCGCCACCUGCGGUUUAAGUUGCAGAGCCUGAGCCGCCGCCUGGAUGAGUUGGAGGAGGCCACGAAGAGCCUGCAGAAGGCGGAGGACGAGCUCCUGGAGCUGCAGGACAAGGUGAUCCAGGCGGAGGGCGGCGGCUCCAGCAUGCUGGCCGACAUCGAGGCGCUGCGCCAGCGGGUGCUGAAGAUCGAGGGCAAAGACGAGGAGAUCAAGAGGGCGGAGGAUCUGUGUCAGCUGAUGAAGGAGAAGCUGGAAGAGGAGGAGAAGCUCACCCGCGAGCUGCGAGCCGAGGUCGAGCGGCUCCAGAAGCGGAUGGCUGACCUGGAGAAGCUGGAGGAGGCCUUCAGCAGGAGUAAGAACGACUGCACGCAGCUCUGCCUGAGCCUGAACGAGGAGCGGAACCUGACCAAGAAGAUCUCCUCUGAGCUGGAGAUGCUGCGAGGCAAGGUGAGGGAGCUGGAGUCGUCCGAGGACCGCCUGGACAAGACCGAGCAGAGUCUAGCGUCGGAGCUGGAGAAGCUGAAGGCGUUAACCCUGAGCUUCGUCAGCGAGCGGAAGUACCUGAACGAGAAGGAGAAGGAGAACGAGAAGCUGAUAAAGGAGCUCACUCAGAAACUGGAGCAGAACAAGAAAAUGCACCGAGAGCACGCAAGGAACGCCUCCAACCUCCUGGACCGCAGCGACCUGCGGAUCGAGGACGGCGUCCCGGCCCCGCUGCCGUCCAAGGAGGCGCGGCGCAAGGGCGCGCUGGACUACCUGAAGCAGGUGGAGAACGAGACGAGAAACAGAGCGGAAAACGAAAAGAACCGGAACCAGGAAGACAACAAAGUCCAGGACCUCAACCAGGAGAUCGAGAGACUCAAGACGCAGAUCAGACAUUUCGAGUCUCUGGAAGAAGAGCUGAAGAAGAUGAGGGCCAAGAACAACGACCUGCAGGACAGCUACCUGAGUGAACAGAACAAGAACAAGAUGCUGGCCAGCCAGCUGGAGGAGAUCAGGCUGCAGAUCAAGCAGAAGGAGCUCGGCAACGGGGAGGUGGCCGGGGAGGACGCCUUCCUGCCUGGCAAGGGCAGGCCCGAGCGGACUAAGCCUAGAGGCCAGGGGGGCGAGGCGGCCGUGCUCCGGCCCCCGGCCCGGGAACUGUCUCCCCAGCAUAAGCGAGAGAGGCUCCGCAACAAGGAGUUUGCUCCCAACAACGAGAACUCUGCCCUGAACAACAGGCAGGCUUCCUCGCCCGCCGUCGCCCACAGGAGGGCAGCCAAAGCUUCCCACGCGGGGGCCGGUCCAGACGGGGGCGCCCAGGAGGCAAGGCGGACUGAAGACCGGGCGGCGCCGGGCUCCUCUGCGAGCGAGGGCAAGAAGUCCAGGGAGCAGCCGUCGGUCCUCAGCCGCUACCCGCCGGCUGCUCAGGAGCACGGCAGGGCCUGGAAGGGAACUCCCAGGCCGGGCGCCGAGAGCGGGCUGAAGGGAAAAGUAGAGAAGGCCACACGCACGUUCAGCGAUCACGUCCAUGGGUCUGUCCCCAACGACACGGGGGGCAGAGCGGACAAGGCUGCCGACCCGCCCUGCGAGGCUGGCUUUGGGAAGAGGGGAAAGGUGCCCGGCAGCGCGGGCCCGGGAGUGCAGGCCGCGGACUCCGGCCCUGCCAAGGCCGUGGCAGCGCUGGCCCCGUCGCGGAGGCCCUCCUCGGAGGGGCUCGCCAAGGGGAAGAAGGCAGCCAAUGGCCUGGAGGCCGACGGCAGUGCCCCGCACCCCAAGGCCCCCGUUUUAUCCAAGUAUCCUUACAGCUCCAGAAGCCAGGAGAGCAUCCUGCCGGGCUUCUCAACGCCAAAUAAAGAAGGGGCCGAGGCCCCCGUGGCCGUGCUGUUGGGCGACGGCAGUCAGCACGAAGCCCUGCGGUGCCGCAUCGUGAAGCACGGCGGCGGAGAGAAGGCCGACUCGGACGAUGACCUGGACUCCGUGUCUCUCGUCACCGCCAAGCUGGUGAACACAACCAUCACGCCAGAGCCGGAGCCGCGCGCACAGCCCAGCUCGAGAGAAAAGGCCAAACCCCGAGGGGGACCUAGGACCUCCCUGUUUGAGAACGAGAAGGACGUGGGGACAGAAAACGAAUCCGGGAAGCCCGUCAGAGCCUCCGCCAACGCCACGGACGCGGCGAACGCCAACGGUGCCGAGGUGAAGAGCCAGGGGCCCUUCAGCCCCAGGGAGGCCCUGCGCUCCAGGGCCGUCAUCAAACCCGUCAUCGUCGACAAGGACGUGAAGAAGGUCAUGGGAGGGGCGGGAGCAGAGGCCACGGAGAAGCAGAAACUCGCCUCCAAACCGGGGCCCAGCAAAGUGACCAGCAGCAUCACCAUCUACCCCUCGGACAGUGGCAGCCCCAGGGCCUCCCUGGCGGAGGCCCCGAGGGAGAGGCACACGGCCACCAGCAACAUCCACGUCGGGCUGGAGCUCACGUCGGCGGGCAACCACGUCAGCUCCCCCUUUGAGCUCUCCCUUCACAAGCACGACCUCACGCUGCAGCUCACGGAAGCUGAAAGAGCAGGCGACGGGUCCCCAAAGAACCGCUCCGAAACAGUCGUCUCUCGGAGCAGCAUCCUCAUCAAGCCGCUGGACUCCGGGGACAGGAACAGCCAGGCCCCGCCGGCGGAGACCAGCAGGUGGAAAAGCCACAGUGCGCCAUCGGAGGUGGGCUCCGCUGACGCCAGGCACGUCACCGUGCGGAAUGCCUGGAAGAGCAGGCGAGACUUGAAAUCUCUGGAAGACCCCCCAGCGCGAGUAGGGAAACACGUAGAAGCUGCCAACGCCUACACCCAGAGGUCCUGCACAGACUUCUCCGAGCAGCCCACGUCCUGCCUCUUGGAGCAGGGCACCCGCAGGGGCGGGAGCGCCCAGGACGCCCCUGAGCUCUGCUCCAGGAGGACCCAGAGCAGCCUCACGGCGUCCGAGGUGCUCCUCCGGCAGAACCGGCUCGGAGAUGCCGUCACGGCUGCGGCCUGGAACCACUCGGCGGGCACAGAGGAAGGGGAAGACUCCACACUGAGUGUCUACAGACGGCUGCACAACCAUUCAGCACAGGCCCUGGAUCGGUCUGAGACGCCUUCGACGCAGGGGCUGCUGGAGCCUGGGCGAGGACGGCCCAGCAGGCCCAGUGCUGAGGACAACUGAGCCAGCUCGGUCAGCCUGCUGUCCCCACUCCUGCUUCUCCGCGCGUCCCCCUUCCUGCCCUGUGAAGGAUCCAAGGCUGGCUAACCAGGCUGGACACACGGCCCUGGCUGGGAGACUGCUGGAGAGCCAGGCGAUGGCUCAGGUAAUGUUUCUGGUCGGCCAGAGGGGACCAGAGACCGUAAGCCAGCCGCCCACCCAGGCCCAGCCUUCUGAUGCACGAGUCCUCUCUUCUUGUCCCCCAGGUAGCAUGGACCGCUCUGACCCCCCCCAUGGGGAGCCACAGAAACCUGCGAGGGCAAACCAGCAGUGGAAGCUCCUCUGCCCCUGGGUGGGUUCUGUCUGUCACAGAGCAGCCCCUCCUCUGUGCCUCUGCUCUCCACCUCCAGGUCACUCCGUGUCUGCCCAAAGGGCCCAGGUACCUAAGACCCCGCAGCCGCCGGCUCCAUGCCUUCUCCUCUUGGAGUUCCUCCCCCUGACUCUAGCAGCGGGGGUCUGUGCGACCCAUUAGUGCGAAGCUUCCCUGGCCUGGCCCCUGGCUGACCACUGCCUCCUGGGGGCAGAGCAUGCAUUGGAAUGACGUCACCCCCAGCUCUGCUCACCUUCCAAGAGCACCCACAAGUGCACAGCGCCUCGUGCGUCGCUCCCUGGGCGCCAGUGUUGCUGCUGACAUCGCCUUCUCGCUCUCCAGCAGCCGAGACUCCAGGCCGACGUCAUCAUUUCCACCUUGGGAAAAUCCCGGGACUCUGCUGGGCCUGACCCAGCACCCGCUGCCUUCUGGGACCCGCCCAGCGAGGGCGGUCAUGCGAGGAAGCAGCGACUUCCUGUCACUCCACAAGCAGCAGCUCCCUGCGUUGGCCCUCCUGGUCCUCCUCCUCCCUCCCUCGUUGGGGGAGGCGUGCACUUUACCAAGCUGAUGCAUUCCUACAGACUUCUCACUGGAGGAGGGGCCACACCCAGAGGGUAAAAUGCAGCAAACCUUUCCGGAAGCCACAGAUGGAAAUGGGCCAGGUCCCUCCACCAGUGCCAAGGGGCCCUGCAAGGCCGCCUGCGCUCCUUACUGCUUUCUCUGUAGCGUUUUCCUAGUUCACAGACGGGAUCCCCUCUCUAAACAGCCUUAGUGAAAAGACACUACUGCCUCCUGGCCCCGCCCCCGCCCCGCCCCCGCGCAUUCCUUCCCUGCUGUGCGACCUCGGGGGAGCUGUCCUCCCAUGGGCAGGUCCAGGUCCGGAAGGGCCUUGAACCUGAGGGUUGUGCGCGACUCUUGUAGAUGCCCGCGUGGGCUUGCAGGCUGCUCGUCUCUAGUUUCCCGGGUUUCCAUCUCCUGGGGGUGAGCUCAGAGGAGUCCUAUGGUGGGGAUUAGACGGGAUGCUCACCACAGCCCUGGUGGCACCAACCUUGCCCAGUGCCCGUCUUUCCUGGCUUGCAGGCCAGGGUCUGUCUGUCGCGCUCCUGAAAUUCCCCGACGACUCUCAAGUUGUUGUCCCCGCCUGCCCUCAGCCUGGGAACCAGCAUCCCUCCUGCCCCCUCUGUGCCAGACUUUCGGGGACUCCGCCUGCGUUCUGGAGUUCGGCACGCUGAGGGCUCUGUGGCCUGCCUGCGCCACACCCCUGCCUCAGAGGCUGUCCUCAAGCUCUUCCUGCUGCUGCCCCCGCCGGGCGCCCCCAGCCCUGAACCGAGCUCGGCCCUUCCCGUGCCGCCCCCUGCUUCUCCUUCACCGCGGGGCAGCCCGAGAGUUCCAGGGACGCAGAGCUGUGUGGUUGCCAGCCGGAGCUGUGUGGUUGCCAGCCACAGGCUCGUCUGUGGCCGGAAACAGCAGGGCGCCGAGCCAGGCCUGCAAAGAUCUCGCCGGUAACUCUCGUCUUCGGGGAUCGGAGCCCUGGAUCUGGUGCUGUAGCUCCUGGUGCCAAAGUCUGGAUCUUCCCACGUGUCCGCAGCUCAGACGCUCUGGGGAAGAGGCACAGCUGUGGGCUGCCAUCUUGAAUCUUGAGUGCAAUAGGGUUUGACUUUAACAGUUAUUUUCAGGAUAUUUUGUUUCUUUAAUCUGCACACUUUGUAGAACCGCUGUAAAAUAGAUUUUAUUUUUAAAUGUCCUCAGAAUUGCAGAAAAUAACAGGUAGAGGCUGGAGGCGCAGGUCCUCUGGGCUUCACGUGGCCGGCAAGGCUGGCUCUGAUUCCAAAGUUGGAAGGCACACUACUGGAGAGCAGCCACGGUGUGACUACUCGGACCCGGGCCUCGGUCAGGGGUCCCUGGAGGAAGCUUCCAGAGGGGAGACCGGGUAGCUGAGUAGUUGUUUGGUCAAGCCAAAUACCCCACUGCCCUCGCCGACAGCCCCUUCAUGACGAGCCGCCUCUGCCGCCAGGCGCUGCCCUGCCAGCCGGUGUGCGGGCGUGGGAGGGAUCCUAGCAAGGCCGGGCUGCCUGGCACUGCAGCUGCUGAGUGCCGGGCACUGCGCUCUCCCACCUGCUGCUGCUGCCUUCUGCCUGCUGGUAAAGCAGCGGCGGAGGCGUGCAGGGCGCUGGGUAAAGCCGCUGUGGCUGGCUUUGCUUCUAGUGGCAAUCAAGCUGGGUAGAAGGGGUGCGGUGGGGCCCGGACUCCGGCCUCAGCCGCAGGCGAGCUUGCCCGCGGGCCGCCCGUCUCAGGGUGUGGGAGGGUGCUGUCGGCAGUGUUCUCAGCCUUGUCGGCCAGGGCGGUUUUCUUGAUAUUUGGUGAAGUCAGUGCCAAGGUCACCACUCCCAGUAGAGGAGGGGCCUCAGCCCGGGCCCCCCGGCUGCCUUUGUGGCUGUGGGUGGUCGUCACUCUGAUGAGCUGCUUUUAGGGAUGAUCUGGAAACCCCACGUGGGCAGGGUUCUCCGCGAAGCCUCACGACCAAGACCACAGGAAGGGGCCCUGUUCUCCUGCUGCUUCACAGCUCAGAACAUGUAUGAAUGGAAUGUAUUUUUAAGAGAAUAAAGUCUAUUUUUUUGUAUUUUAAAAGAUCGAGGAGGGGCUAGGAAAGAGCCCUCUGUUACUGCAUUGCAGGCUCUGCUGCGGUGUCAGCUUGUCAGUCCGCGCCUGCUCGCUCAGCCGGUGUUUUGGUCUCGCCCCUGCCCCGGGAGUGAGUCCCAGGUGCGGCAGCUUCUCCAUCUGCUCCAGGCAUGGGACCAAGGCGGCAGGAACCCAGAGCUCAGGAACCCAGUGGCUCAGGGCUCCUCGGCGCCUGUGGCUGAAGCUGCCUGCCUGCCUGCAGCUCUGCUGGCUCCGCAGCACGGUGUGUAACCAAUAAAGCUCCCCAGUUGCCACGUGCUCUGUGCGAGUGACUCAGUGGGGCCCAGGCC